GGGCGGGGGCGGCCACUCGGCAGAGGAGGAAGUUCCGCUCCUGACAGAGCGCGCGGCGGCGCGGGCGCUGAGGUGUUCGGGACGCCGUCGUCCUCGCGGCCCCGGCUGAGCCUCUCGCCGCUGCUCCGCCCGGCGCCGCUGCUCGGAAACCGCGGAGAGAUUGAGGAGCGGCGGAGCAGAGGCUCCGGACGCGAUCGAGUGGACCGACCUGCUGCAAGUCAGCGUGUCGCCGGGCAUCCGCUGGGACGGCCGGCCGCCUCGGAGCAUCGAGUCGGGGCGCGGGCAUGGCAGAACCCACCUUGCAGCUUCUCUGCAGUGUGGCUCGCCCGAUCCACUCCCGGGAAUGAAGAGGAGACUCGCGAUCACCCGGUGAGGCACUGAGAGCCAGAUGGCGAGAGGAUCUUACCGGACAGAAACCAGCGAUCACUUGGGAGGUCACCUGGGCUUCUGGAUGUAAUCGGAGAGCGUGAAAGAGGUGGCCUCGUAAAAAAAAAGAAAAAAGAAAAAAAGAAAAAAAAGAAAGAAAAAAAGAAAAAGAAAAAAAGCACAAUUCUUUGAGAGGAGGGGGAAUUGAGUUUAUCCGUUUUUGCCAAGGUUUUGAUAAACGGUUCGAUGUCUUGUACGUUUGAUAUAAGAUGAGAACUUUCUAAAGUAUUCCGUCCAAGAGCCUAAGGAUGACUACCCCAGCGCUGCUGCCCCUGUCUGGUCGUAGGAUACCGCCUCUGAACCUGGGGCCGCCCUCCUUCCCACACCACAGGGCUACCUUGAGACUCUCCGAGAAGUUUAUCCUUCUCCUUAUUCUUAGUGCCUUCAUCACCCUGUGUUUUGGGGCAUUCUUCUUCCUUCCAGACUCUUCAAAACACAAACGCUUUGAUCUGGGCUUAGAAGAUGUGUUAAUUCCUCACGUAGAUGCCGGCAAAGGGGCUAAAAACCCCGGAGCCUUCUUGAUCCAUGGACCCGACGAACACAGACACAGGGAAGAAGAAGAGCGUCUGAGAAAUAAGAUCAGAGCUGAUCAUGAGAAGGCCCUGGAAGAAGCAAAAGAAAAAUUAAGAAAGUCAAGAGAGGAAAUCCAUGCAGAAAUUCAAACAGAGAAAAGUAAAGUAGCCCAAGCAAUGAAGAUAAAGGAGACCAGGGUACUGCCCCCUGUCCCUGUCCCACAGCGUGUAGGGGUCAGUGGUGGAGACCCAGAAGACACUGAGAUAAGGAAGAAAAGAGAAAAAAUUAAAGAGAUGAUGAAGCAUGCCUGGGAUAAUUACAGAACAUACGGAUGGGGACAUAAUGAGCUCAGACCUAUUGCAAGGAAAGGGCACUCCACUAACAUAUUUGGAAGCUCACAGAUGGGUGCCACCAUAGUGGAUGCGUUGGAUACCCUUUAUAUCAUGGGACUUCAUGAUGAAUUCAUGGAUGGGCAAAGAUGGAUUGAAGACAACCUUGAUUUCAGUGUGAAUUCAGAGGUGUCUGUGUUUGAAGUUAACAUUCGGUUUAUCGGAGGCCUCCUCGCCGCGUAUUACCUGUCAGGAGAGGAGAUAUUCAAGACUAAAGCAGUGCAGUUGGCUGAGAAGCUCCUUCCUGCCUUUAACACACCUACUGGCAUUCCCUGGGCAAUGGUGAAUCUGAAAAGUGGAGUAGGUCGGAACUGGGGCUGGGCGUCUGCAGGUAGCAGCAUUCUGGCUGAAUUUGGCACACUGCAUAUGGAGUUUGUCCACCUCAGCUACCUGACUGGUGACUUGAUUUACUACAAAAAGGUCAUGCACAUUCGGAAACUACUCCAGAAAAUGGAACGCCCAAAUGGUCUUUAUCCAAAUUAUUUAAACCCACGUACAGGGCGCUGGGGUCAGUAUCAUACAUCGGUUGGUGGUCUGGGAGAUAGUUUUUAUGAAUACUUACUGAAAGCAUGGCUGAUGUCAGAUAAGACAGACCAUGAGGCAAGAAGGAUGUAUGAUGAUGCUGUUGAGGCUAUAGAAAAACAUCUUAUCAAGAAAUCCCGAGGAGGGCUUGUCUUCAUUGGAGAAUGGAAGAAUGGACACUUGGAAAGGAAGAUGGGGCACUUGGCCUGCUUUGCUGGGGGAAUGUUUGCACUUGGAGCAGAUGGUUCCAGGAAGGACAAAGCUGGCCACUAUCUAGAACUAGGGGCAGAAAUUGCACGAACAUGUCAUGAGUCAUAUGACAGAACUGCAUUAAAACUAGGUCCUGAGUCCUUCAAGUUUGAUGGUGCAGUGGAAGCUGUGGCUGUGCGGCAAGCUGAGAAGUAUUACAUCCUCCGUCCAGAAGUAAUUGAAACCUAUUGGUAUCUGUGGCGUUUCACCCACGACCCAAGAUACAGGCAGUGGGGCUGGGAAGCAGCACUGGCUAUUGAAAAGUAUUGCCGAGUCAGUGGUGGGUUUUCCGGAGUCAAGGAUGUGUACUCCCUCACUCCGACGCACGAUGAUGUGCAGCAGAGCUUCUUUCUUGCUGAGACUUUAAAAUACUUGUACCUACUGUUCUCUGGCGAUGACCUUCUACCUUUAGACCACUGGGUGUUUAACACAGAGGCUCACCCUCUGCCCGUGUUACGUUUAGCCAACAGCACUCUUUCAGGUAAUCCUGCUGUUCGAUGAACAGCUCCAGAAGGACCAUUCUUACCUGUGUUUUGUUUACAUGGACCACUACAGACAUUGUCUGGAGAGGCGGCUUUGAAAACCUGGACCUCUACGUCACCAUGCCGGAUGAAACUCUCCCCUUCAAGACUUUUCACUUGUAGAUACAUCAACUUUGAAAUUAUUCCAUUUUAUACCUGACCAAAACAUGUUCUGGUACAUGUAGGACAGAGGCCUGAUGUGCUUUGACUCUUAAUGAGAUGGCCACAUGGGAAACAAUGUCUUAUUCUGUAUCAUUAGUGCAAGCCAAGAACAUAGAACACCUUCCAGGAGUUAGAGAUGGCUUUUGGAACGAAUUAUACCUUUUUUUCCUCCCACCGUGGAGCAGCUUUCAAAUCAAAUAUUACACAUUGCUUAACCCCUUUCCUCCACUUUAGUAAAUAAUGGGACACACUGGAGUGAACAAGAACAAAGGAACAGUGUAAUUACAUCAGUAGCAAGAAGACUUGGAGAAGAAACAGAUACUGUCCCUGUCUGAAUAGUCAAGCUCCCCAUUGGAUUUUUACUGGACUGGUAACCAUUUCACUCCCAACAUAGUUCAUUGAAAUCUGUUUAGAUUUAGUUUUUCUCUGGGGGGCAUAACCUCAUGAAGAAUACUUUUCAAGUCUCUUGUCUCCAUAUGGUAUGCUGAAACUGGUAUUUAUCAUAACUGCUGCUUAUGAGCCCGAGUGUGGGAGUGUGCAUGUAGCUCACGCUAGUAUGGGUAGCAUGCAGAAGGUGGGGAAGGUGCCAGUUUGUUGCCUUGAAACCUGUUCUCAAGAAUCCUUGAUUUUGUUGGUAGGAAAUUAUUCUUCUGAACCAGCAAGUCUAUCAAGCAAAGAAACCUGCUUUAAUCACGUAACGCAGUUAGUAGAGUUGUUCACCUCACAGCUUUCUGUGGCUUGGCAGAAUUCACUCUAACUGUCAUGCACUCUGCCUUUGCUAGAACAAGCUGAGUUGCUUUCACAACGCACUAAAGCAGAAGCAGACAUCUCAACUUCCCUCAAUCACCUCACACGUGUGAGCUACUCACAAAGAUUUUAUGUUUUUAAGUUUCUCCAAGAAUAUUAUAUAUCCAAAGAACUAAUAGAAUAGUUUCAAAAUAAUCUCCAGUGGCAAAUGUGUGAUAAAAUUAAUCAUACUCACUAAAACUGGCAUAAGCCUAAGGAACUUACAGAUAUUGUGGGGGUUUUGUUGUUAUUGCUCAAUACUUUGGCAAAAAAAAGUGAAAUUUUAUCAAAAACUAUAAGGUAAAUAUUAAUGCUUAUAAAAUUUUUGUCCCUUGAAUUUCUAUGACAAUACAAGACACUCUCCCUCCUUUUCAUUUAGUGCAGACAUCAUUUUUUGAUGAUAAUAGAACUUGAGAAGACUAUAAUCUAAUAUUUGCUCUGAUUUUGAAUAUUUGAUGUAACAGUUUGUUCAUGAGCUCUGCUUUGGAAUUUUGAAAGCUUAUUUCCUUGGUUGGUAGCUUUUCUUUUUAGCUCUCUACUAGCAUAUAGCAGACUUAAAUUGUGGGAAAAGUCAAUAUAAUCAGACAUAUAAGGGUGACCAUCUUACACUGUAAAUCAUCUGGUCCUCAGAGUUCAGCCAGUGCUCCAUAAGCUUGCCACCUCACACUUGUUCAGUAUUUAUAGCAGACAACAUGGAGAGAGCGAGUUCUAGCACAUUUCAAAAUUGUGAUAUCUUUUCCUACUUGAAAUUUUUAAAGUGUAAAUGAGAAAGGUAGAUCGCUAUUACUUUAAAGAGAAAGAGAAGGUUUUGGUUCUCAGAAGAGAAAAAAGUGAGCCUUCUAAAAACAGCACAAGCCCGCUCACAAGUCAAGAUAAAGUGAAAAGCUGGAGGUGGCAGAGACCAGAGCAGCAGGCAGGGCACCAACCGUCUUUCACUGUGUUCACAUCAGUGCAGUGAAGGCGCCAUCUUGGUUCCCCAGGAAUUCUCAGAGGAGACAAAACAGCAUCUCCUACCCCCACCCAGUGCUCUUGUUCACAUGAGCCUAGAGCAUAAGAGAAGGUGUGGGUGUGAGCAGGGCAUGGUUCACGUGAAGAUCUGAAGACUGUCAUUUUAAUACCCCGACUUUGUGAUGAGAACUCGAGCUUACGACAAUGCUUUUUCUUCUCUGAAUACCAAAGGCAUUAAAGUCAGGUGUAAAUGA